CUGCUGUCAUGUUAAUGUGUGUUUAUUCUUUAUUAUAAAUAACAUAAAGAUGUUUGGAAUAAGCAAACUUUGUAUAAGCACAUGCUGUAUGAUAGAGCUGCACUUCUAAGACAGCUGAGAAGAGACAAAGAAAGUUCAGGAUUGACUUGAUAUUGUGGAAAAGACAGACACAGAUAAAGAAUUCCCAGUUUCCAUAAGAGAGGAAUUUCCCAUUUCCAUUCCCAGCUUUCCUCAGGGCCUAAUGCAAGCCUGUUCCUGAAAGCUAGUUGGAGUGUUUAGUGAGUAGACUUUAGUAAGAAUGGUAAAAAAAAAAAAAAAACAUUGAGUGAGCAACAGUUCUGUGAAUACUUUCAUUGUGAAUGUGAAACAUAUUCAGACAAAAGAAAAAGUCAGAGCUGUAUUUCAGGGCAAUUCAGCAAAAGAGAGAAAGUUCAUGUUGAUUUGAUGUUGAAGGACAAAAACACAGCACUUUCCAUCUGUCAGGAAUUUCCCAGGAUCACUUACUGUAGAGAUGCUGGGAAGUGGCAGUGCUCCUGAAAGCAGCUGCUGUGCUGUCAGUGAUGAGGCAACAGUGGCCCAAGUGAGUAUUAAUACCAGCACAUUUUGCACAUUCAGCCAUCAGACAGGAGAACUCAAAGGAGGUGAGAAGAGUCACCAAAAGAGUCAAAGAACAUAACAACUUCAACAAGUCACUCUCUCCUAAAAUGAAGACCUUCAGUGUUGCAGUUGCAGUGGCCGUCAUGCUCACCUUUAUUUGUAUUCAGGAGAGCUCUGCCACAUUUACUGAGAUACAGGAGCUGGAGGAGGCGGUGAGCAAUGACAAUCCAGCUGUUGAACAUCAGGAGACAUCAGUGGACUCAUGGAUGAUGCCAUAUAACAGACAGAAGCGUGGCAUUAAGUGUCGCUUCUGCUGCGGCUGCUGCACCCCCGGUGUCUGUGGACUGUGCUGCAGAUUCUGAGGAUUCCUGCUCCAACAACCGUUAAAUGUUCAUUUGUUUUUGUAAAACUUCAGUUUAGUUAUUCGACUUAGUGACUCUAUAGUUAAUGUGUGUUCAGUGAUGUGACUGUAUCAUCUACAUAUUUUCACAAAAUCUGCAUAUAUUGUGUACUAUCAAUAAAUUUUAAUGCUACUACAAAA